AUGGGAGAUGACUCGUUUAACAAUAAGCUCAACAAUGAUGACAAUAUUGGCAGCGACGAUGAUGGUCUCGAUAGAGAUUAUACAGGCCGUGAGCACUAUGUCUCGGUUGGAAAGAGUCAACUACGGUCUAAAAACUUCUUAAUGGAUGACCCAAAAUAUAAAGGAAAGAAGGCUUCGAGGAAAAAUGUUCUUGAACUAGACAGCGAGGAGGAGGAGAACGAAGAAGCUGAUGAACUCAUAAAUGAGGAUGAGGAUGAGAAUGAAGAAGAUGAUAGUGGCAGUGAAAGUCAGAGCGAUG